AUGAUCUUCCAGGAACUCAGAAGCCCAGGAGCCAAUCUGAUGGCCAAUAGUAUUGUCAACAAGCACACGUCACAUGGAGAUGGGCGGCAAGAAGUGACCUCUCGUUCCGGGCGCUCUGGGGCUCGGUGUAGAAACUCCAUUGCUUCCUGUGCGGACGAACAGCCUCACAUCGGAAACUACAGACUGUUGAAAACAAUCGGCAAAGGGAAUUUCGCAAAAGUGAAAUUGGCAAGACACAUCCUUACAGGCAGAGAGGUUGCAAUAAAAAUAAUUGACAAAACUCAGUUGAAUCCAACAAGUCUUCAAAAGCUCUUCAGAGAAGUAAGAAUAAUGAAGAUUUUAAAUCAUCCAAACAUAGUGAAAUUAUUUGAAGUCAUUGAAACUGACAAAACACUCUACCUAAUCAUGGAGUAUGCAAGUGGAGGUGAAGUAUUUGACUAUUUGGUUGCACAUGGAAGAAUGAAGGAAAAAGAAGCAAGAGCUAAAUUUAGACAGAUCGUGUCUGCGGUCCAGUACUGCCACCAGAAGCGGAUCGUUCACAGAGACCUCAAGGCUGAAAAUCUAUUGUUAGAUGCUGAUAUGAACAUUAAAAUAGCUGACUUUGGUUUUAGCAAUGAAUUUACUGUUGGCAGUAAACUGGACACAUUUUGUGGCAGUCCCCCGUACGCAGCCCCAGAGCUCUUCCAGGGCAAGAAAUAUGACGGGCCGGAAGUGGACGUGUGGAGCCUCGGCGUCAUUCUUUACACUCUAGUCAGCGGGUCACUCCCCUUUGAUGGACAGAACCUAAAGGAACUGAGAGAGAGAGUAUUACGAGGGAAGUACAGGAUCCCCUUCUACAUGUCCACAGACUGUGAAAACCUCCUCAAACGUUUCCUGGUGCUAAAUCCAAUCAAACGAGGCACGCUAGAGGUAAUCAUGAAAGACAGGUGGAUCAACGCCGGGCAUGAGGAAGAUGAACUGAAACCAUUCGUUGAACCAGAGCUGGACAUCUCCGACCAGAAAAGAAUAGAUAUUAUGGUGGGAAUGGGAUAUUCGCAAGAAGAAAUUCAGGAAUCUCUUAGUAAAAUGAAAUACGAUGAAAUCACCGCUACAUAUUUGUUGUUGGGGAGAAAAUCUUCAGAGCUGGACGCUAGCGACUCCAGUUCUAGCAGCAAUCUUUCACUUGCUAAGGUUAGGCCAAGCAGUGACCUCAACAACAGUACCGGCCAGUCUCCUCACCACAAAGUGCAGAGAAGUGUUUCUUCAAGCCAGAAGCAGAGGCGGUACAGCGACCAUGCUGGGCCAGCUGUUCCUUCAGUUGUGGCGUAUCCGAAAAGGAGUCAGACCAGCACCGCAGAUGGUGACCUCAAGGAAGACGGCAUUCCCGCCCGGAAGUCAGGCGGCAGCGCUGUUGGAGGGAAGGGCAUUGCUCCAGCCAGUCCUAUGCUUGGGAACGCGAGCAACCCCAACAAGGCGGACAUUCCCGAACGCAAGAAAAGCUCCACUGUCCCGAGCAGUAAUACAGCAUCUGGUGGAAUGACGCGGCGAAAUACUUACGUUUGCAGUGAAAGAGCUACGGCUGAUAGACACUCAGUAAUUCCGAACGGCAGAGAAAACAGCUCUGUGCCCGACCAGAGAACUCCAGUUGCUUCCACACACAGUAUUAGCAGCGCGACCACCCCGGACCGAAUCCGCUUCCCAAGGGGCACUGCCAGUCGUAGCACUUUCCACGGCCAGCCCCGGGAGCGGCGGACUGCCACGUACAACGGCCCGCCUGCCUCGCCCAGCCUGUCCCACGAAGCCACGCCGUUGUCGCAGACUCGAAGCCGAGGCUCCACUAAUCUUUUCAGCAAAUUAACCUCAAAACUCACGAGGAGAAACAUGUCAUUCAGGUUUAUCAAAAGGCUUCCAACUGAAUAUGAGAGGAACGGGAGAUAUGAGGGCUCAAGUCGCAACGUGUCCGCCGAGCAAAAGGAUGAAAACAAAGAGGCCAAGCCCCGUUCCCUGCGCUUUACCUGGAGCAUGAAGACCACCAGUGCCAUGGACCCCGGUGACAUGAUGCGGGAAAUCCGCAAAGUGCUGGACGCCAACAACUGCGACUAUGAGCAGAGAGAGCGCUUCCUGCUCUUCUGCGUCCACGGCGACGGGCGCGCAGAGAACCUCGUGCAGUGGGAGAUGGAGGUGUGCAAGCUGCCUAGACUGUCUCUGAACGGGGUCCGGUUUAAGCGGAUAUCGGGGACAUCCAUAGCUUUCAAAAAUAUUGCUUCCAAAAUUGCCAACGAGCUAAAGCUGUAACCAGUAAUUAAGGUGUAAAUUAAGUAGCAGUUUUCCUGAACACUGAUGGGAAUGUAUAGAAUAAUAUUUAGGCAAUAACGUCUGCAUCUUCUAAAUCAUGAUAUUAAACUAUAAGGACGAGAGCACGCCUGGGAGCGAAAGCUGGCCUUUUUUCUACGAAUGCACUACAUUAAAGACGUGUGACCCGUGUGCCCUCUGUCUUAUUUCCAUCGCCCUGAGAGUCAGCGUGUGCCAUCCAGCCAUCUCUGUGUGCCUCCCGUCCGCGUGGGUGUGAGCGCUGCACACGCGAGCAUCUCCUUGCCCGGGCAGCCAGAGUUGUUACGAGUACCUCUGCGGGAGACCAUUUGGUGCUAAAACGCUAGAAUUGCCAAGCAGGAAAAUGCCGAAUUACUACUAAGAAUUAACCUUAAGACUAGUCGAUAACAAUUACAGGUUUACAGUUCAUGCCUGUGGUUUCGUGUUUGUUGUUUUGUGUUUUUUAGUGCAAAAGGUUGAAAUUUAUAGUUGUGAACAUUGCUUGUGUGUGUUUUUCUAAGUAGAUUCACGAGAUAAUUAAAAAUUCACUUUUUCUCAGUAAAA